UCCAAUAAAAAAUAUUUGCGAAUUCCAAACCUAGAGAGCUAGCAAUGGCUCUGCCUAAGUCACUGCUUCUAGCGCUAUGCGUGUGCGUUUUUGUCGUAGCAAGUUGUGGGAAGGACUUUUCAAUCGUGGGUUACUCAGCAGAAGACUUAACUUCCAUGGAUAAACUUAUUGAGCUCUUUGAAGAAUGGAUAUCAAAGCACGGCAAGAUUUAUGAGACCAUCGAAGAAAAGUGGAAUAGAUUUGAGGUGUUCAAAGACAACUUGAAGCACAUUGAUGAAACAAACAAGAAAGUGAGUAGUUAUUGGCUUGGACUUAAUGAGUUUGCUGAUUUAACCCACCAAGAGUUCCAAAAGAUGUAUCUUGGCCUGAAAGUUGAGUCGUCUCGAACAAGGCAAUCCCCAGAAGAGUUCACCUACAAGGAUAUUGUAGAUUUGCCCAAGUCGGUGGAUUGGAGAAAGAAAGGAGCUGUGACUCGUGUCAAGAACCAAGGUUCAUGUGGUAGCUGCUGGGCAUUUUCCACUGUUGCUGCAGUUGAGGGGAUAAAUAAGAUUGUUGCUGGAAAUUUGACCUCGUUAUCAGAGCAGGAACUAGUUGAUUGCGAUAGACCUUAUAACAAUGGGUGCCAUGGGGGCCUCAUGGACUACGCAUUCUCUUUUAUUGUCUCUAGUGGUGGACUUCACAAGGAAGAAGACUACCCUUAUCUCGAGGAAGAAAGCACUUGCGAGAACAAAAAGGGGGAACUGGAGGUAGUGACAAUCUCUGGCUAUAAGGACGUACCAGAGAACAAUGAAGCCAGCCUCAUAAAGGCAUUGGCACACCAGCCACUCAGCGUGGCCAUAGAAGCUUCAGGAAGAGAUUUCCAAUUCUACAGCGGGGGCAUUUUCGACGGACCCUGUGGAACAGAGCUUGAUCAUGGAGUCGCAGCCGUUGGAUAUGGAUCAUCAAAGGGAGUGGACUACAUCAUUGUGAAGAACUCGUGGGGACCCAAAUGGGGAGAGAAGGGAUUUAUAAGAAUGAAGAGGAACACUGGGAAGCCUGCAGGGCUCUGUGGAAUCAAUAAAAUGGCUUCCUAUCCUACUAAAAAUAAGUGAAGAAAGUAACUAUGUCUUGUUUCCUACAUUAUAUUCCAAAUAUAUGGCUUUGACUUUUAUUUCUUUGUUUUCUUCUGUCUCCCACAGAGACAUAUAAUUCUGAAGCAUAUGUAUUGACAAUGAUACUGUGAGAGAAAAACGAUGAAACAUGAACCUCUGUUUGA